AUGGACUACUGUCUUCUUCAGGGCUUCAAUUCUCUUUGUAAACAUCACAUGAAAACCACUUGUCCUGACAUAUCUUCAGAAACAAUAUUUGUCAAGGAAGGAAUCCUGAAGCACUUGGGGGUGAAAAGAAAAGGAUUACUCCUACAGCAGAAGUCGCAAAUUUUUGGUAUAAUUUCUUACUCAUGUAGACAUGAAGCUGCACAAGUUUCUCAACCUGUUAUCCAUCAGAUUUCUUCAGUGUUGGAAAUUUUGGAAUACAUGUUAACAAUACUGAACAUGUCCGCCGGAAAGAUGAGUGUCAUUAUCCGUCUGCAGAAUCUGCCCUGGUCUGCCAAUGCCCUCGACAUCCGCCAGUAUUUCCGCGGCCUCUCCAUCCCGGAGGGCGGUGUGCACAUCGUGGGUGGCGAGCAGGGAGAUGCCUUCAUCGCCUUCAGAAAAUAA